CACGGCAAAGAUGCUUUUUUUCCACAUUGACAUCUCAAUCAACAGCCAUUAGGACUUUUGAGAUUGUUCAAUGUCGAUUGAAUUGAGUCGAAUUAUAUUUCAGUCUUGCGAAAAAAUAUCUCGAAUCCCGUUCCUGCUUUCCUGUUUUUGUGUGUGGCUCUGACUGAAAUGUAUCAGAGGCCAUUUCUUUUUGCCCACUUUAGGGUUACCGUGCUAGCUCUACUAGCUGGCUGACUCAUUAAUGUUGAUAAAGAUUUAAGCAAAUUACGUUUCAAAACACCGAACUUGUGAUUUGUAGCGUGGAAAACUUUGUACUUCGUAGCUAGAAAUCCCCCGUAACCCGAGGAGAGGAGCCCGGCCGGCUGGAGCCGAGCAGCCCGCUGCUCUGGGGCUUUACCGUCGAUGCCCUGCCCUGGCUACAGUCGGAAUUGAGGAGUGAAUGGUAGUGUCUAGAAAGGGUAUGUCCCUUCAGGAGAGAGGUGCCAAUGUCCAACCGGCCUAAUUCCAAUUCAGGGGGGUCACUGCGCCGUUCACAGAGGAACACUGCCGCGGCCCAGCCACAAGACCACACAGUAGCUGGAAGGUUGCAGUCAGAGCAGGUAAAACAUAAAGCAAAUUCCCCACCUGAAAGUAGAAGACCUAAUUCUAAGGCUCCCAAAGCCACAGCCAGCUCAGCCACUGGCCAGUCCAGAGGGCACAGCUCAAGAAGAAGUGGUCUUACAUUGCCCGUGGGUUCACUCGUGCUGCAAGACGACCCUGAGGCUGCAGGAACAUCUGAACAAGAACGACCAGGCCCACAAUCUAAAAGUGAGGGCACCCGAGUCCUGAAACGAAGUGAAGCUCCUGACCAAAUUAGUGUCCUUGGACUGACUCCUGCCAAGAAGCCCAAAUCGCUUCCCCCACCGAGAGACAAUACCUCAGAGACCAAGAAAGGCUCGGCUAAGUCCAAGAAGAGGGCAGCUACCUCUGAAUCGCCUGCAUCAUCAGGUCGAGGCCAGGGCAAGAAGAGUGUGGUUGCUGGGGCUUCCCCAGUCCAGAAACGGAAAAAAUCAGACUCUCUCCCCGGUCUAAGUAGCACCGCAGGGUCCCUCCCUAAUUGUACCGAGGGAAGAACUGCAAAACCUACCAAGCUGGCGUCUAAAUCGGCCGCCUCAGCCAAAGCUGGGUGUAGCAACGUGACGGACUCCUCCUCAUCUGCCUCCUCAUCUUCUUCGUCCUCCAUCACAGGCACCAAGAGUGUUGAUACCCAGGGUGCUCGAGUCAAACAGGGAAAAGAUCAGACCAAGGCACGUCGUUCUCGCUCUGCAUCUAGCCCAUCUCCACGUCGUAGUACACGUGACAAGGAGCAGGCCAAAACUGCCAGCUCUUCAAAAUUUGAGUGGGCGGCACGCUUCAACCCCAAAGUUAACCUGCCAAAACCCAAGCUGCCCCUACCUGGAUCCUCCAAAACAGAGACUUCCAAACCUGGGCCAUCGGGAUUACAAGCUAAACUAGCAAGUUUAAGAAAAUCUACCAACAAGAAGCGCAGCGAGUCUCCUCCAGCAGAGCUCCCCAGUUAUCGGCGGAGCACACGCCAGAAGACCACGGGCUCCUGUGCCAGCACCAGUCGGCGGGGCUCAGGCCUGGGCAAGCGCGGGGCAGCCGACGCUCGCCGGCAGGAAAAAAUGGCCGACUCCGACAACAACCAAGAUGGGGCCAACUCAUCCGCUGCUCGCGCCGAUGAGGCAUCACAAGGGGCUUCAGCUUCAAGUUCAGUUGCCGGAGCAGUGGGCAUGACCACCUCUGGAGAGAGUGAGUCUGAUGAUUCUGAAAUGGGAAGACUUCAAGCUCUGCUGGAAGCCAGAGGUUUACCCCCUCAUCUUUUUGGGCCCCUGGGACCCCGUAUGUCACAGCUGUUUCACAGGACCAUUGGCAGUGGAGCCAGUUCUAAGGCUCAGCAGCUCCUGCAGGGCCUUCAGGCCACAGGUGACGAGUCUCAACAACUCCAGGCUGCAAUUGAGAUGUGCCAGUUACUAGUGAUGGGCAAUGAAGAAACACUUGGUGGAUUUCCUGUCAAGAGUGUGGUGCCUGCUUUGAUUACACUGUUACAAAUGGAGCAUAACUUCGAAAUUAUGAAUCAUGCUUCACGUGCACUCACUUACAUGAUGGAGGCACUUCCUCGAUCUUCUGCUGUGGUGGUUGAUGCUAUUCCCGUGUUCUUGGAGAAGCUUCAAAUUAUCCAGUUUAUUGAUGUAGCUGAGCAAGCUCUGACUGCUUUGGAAAUGUUGUCAAGACGACACAGCAAAGCCAUUUUGCAGGCUAGUGGGCUUGCGGACUGCCUUCAUUACCUGGAGUUCUUUAGCAUCAAUGCUCAGAGGAAUGCGUUGGCUAUUGCAGCCAACUGCUGUCAGAGCAUAACUCCUGAUGAGUUCCACUUUGUCGCGGAUUCUCUGCCAUUGUUGACUCAGAGGCUCACACACCAGGAUAAAAAGUCAGUCGAAAGCACUUGUCUCUGUUUCGCCAGGCUGGUAGAUAACUUUCAACAUGAAGAGAACCUGCUGCAGGAAGUGGCAUCCCGGGACUUGUUGACCAACAUUCAGCAAUUGCUGGUUGUGACCCCUCCUGUACUCAGCUCGGGGAUGUUCAUCAUGGUUGUGCGCAUGUUUUCAUUGAUGUGCUCCAACUGUCCUUGCCUGGCAGUCCAGCUUAUGAAACAGAACAUUGCAGAGACUCUGCGUUUUCUGUUGUGUGGGGCAUCAAAUGGCAGCUGCCAGGAGCAGAUUGAGCUGGUACCCCGCAGCCCCCAGGAGCUCUAUGAACUGACCUCCCUGAUAUGUGAGCUGAUGCCCUGCCUGCCCAGAGAAGGGAUCUUUGCAGUUGAUGUAAUGUUGAAAAAGGGCAGUGCCCAGACAACAGAGGGAGCUAUUUGGCAGUGGAGGGAUGAUCGAGGCCUGUGGCAUCCCUACAACCGUAUUGACAGCCGCAUCAUUGAGACAGCCCACCAGAAUGGGGAAGAUGAGAUCAGUUUGUCAACCCUGGGCCGGGUGUACACAAUUGACUUCAACUCUAUGCAGCAGAUAAAUGAAGACACAGGAACAGCACGUGGAAUCCAGAGAAAGCCCAAUCCUCUUGCCAACCCCAAUACAGGGGGUCACCAAGAGGUCCGUCGAGAAGACGCACGUGCCCAGUUAAUGAAGGAGGACCCUGAGCUGGCAAAGUGUUUCAUUAAAACACUUUUUGGCGUCUUGUAUGAGGUGUACAGCUCAUCAGCUGGUCCAGCUGUCCGACACAAGUGCCUUAGAGCCAUCCUCAGGAUCAUCUACUUUGCUGAUGCAGAGCUGCUGAGGGAUGUGCUGAGGAACCAUGCUGUGUCCAGUCACAUUGCCUCCAUGCUAUCCAGCCAGGACCUGAAGAUUGUAGUGGGUUCUCUGCAGAUGGCUGAGAUCCUCAUGCAGAAGCUGCCUGAUGUUUUCAGUGUCUAUUUCAGAAGAGAAGGUGUAAUGCACCAGGUGAAGAACCUUGCAGAGUCGGAGAGCUUUCUUGUCACUAAUCCCCCGAAGGCUUGCCCCAGUGGCACAGCCAGUCUCUGUACUACAACCAUCAGCACUGCAUCCACCACAUCUGCAAAUAAUGCCACAGCUGACCUUGGCUCACCCAGCUUCCAGCACAGCAUGGAUGACUCUCUGGACCUCAGCCCUCAGGGCCGAUUAAGUGAUGUCCUAAAGAGGAAACGACUUCCAAAAAGGGGACCCAGAAGGCCCAAAUACUCUCCCCCAAGAGAUGAUGAUAAAGUAGACAAUCAAGCCAAGAGCCCUACCAGUACUCAGUCACCUAAGUCAUCCUUCCUGGCCAGUCUCAAUCCCAAGACUUGGGGGAAGCUCGGUGCUCAGACCAAUAACGCCAACUCUGAGCCCUCACGGACAGCGGGGGUGAGUGGCCUGGCAAGGGCCCCUCCCAAGGACUCCAUUUCAAAUAACAGAGACAAAAUAAAAGCAUGGAUAAAGGAACAGGCAACUAAGUUUGUUGAACGUUACUUCAACUCUGAAAAUGUGGAUGGCAGCAACCCUGCACUGAAUGUACUCCAGAGACUUUGCACAGCCACCGAGCAGCUCAAUCUGCAGGUGGAUGGUGGUUUGGAGUGCCUGGUGGAGAUCUCCAGCAUUGUAUCAGAAUCUGAUGUGUCGUCUUUUGAGAUCCAGCACAGUGGGCUGGUGAAGCAGCUCCUGGUGUACCUGGCCUCAAACACAGAUAGAGACUUGCUGAGUCGGGAUGUGCGGCUGAAGAGGUUCCUCCAUGUGUUUGCCGGUUGUCCGUCUUUGAAGAAGGUGGAGGCUGUGCAUAUAAAUUGGAGGGUUCCAGGAUUGGAGCCCAUAGGCCGACUGAACCCUACAGAGACUGCACCUUUCCUGGCACUGGUGUACAAGAUGAACAGCUGUCUCAGCCAGAUGGAGCAGUUUCCAGUGAAGGUGCACGACUUCCCCAGUGGUAAUGGCAAUGGCAGCAGGGGAUCUCAAGCACUCAAGUUUUUCAACACACACCAGCUCAAGUGUCAGCUGCAGAGACACCCAGAUUGCACUAAUGUUAAACAGUGGAAAGGUGGUCCAGUGAAGAUUGACCCUCUGGCCCUGGUGCAAGCAAUUGAGCGUUAUCUUGUGGUCAGAGGAUAUGGUCGAAUCAGGGAAGAGGAUGAAGACAGUGAUGAUGACGGUUCGGAUGAUGAAAUCGACGAAUCACUGGCGGCGCAGUUCCUCAAUUCUGGCAGUGUUCGCCACAGGCUACAGUUCUAUAUUGGUGACCACUUGUUACCAUACAACAUGACAGUAUACCAGGCUGUACGACAGUAUAGUCUUCAGGCAGAAGAAGAAAGGGAAUCAACAGACGACGAGGCAAAUCCCCUUGGACGUGCUGGAAUUUGGACCAAAACACACACUAUAUGGUAUAAACCUGUGAGAGAAGAUGAAGAUGGUAGCAAAGAUGCUGUGGGAGGAAAGAGGGGCCGAGCCCAGACUGCUCCCACCAAAACCUCACCUCGCAAUGCCAAGAAGCAGGAUGAGCUGUGGCAUGAUGGUGUCUGCCCCAGUGUCGUCAGCCCUUUAGAGACAUACCUCAAUUCAGAUCCACCAGAGACCAUAACAUUUGAUGACCCUUCCUUGGAGGUCAUCUUGCUGGUGAGGGUUCUACACUCCAUCAGUAGAUACUGGUUCUACUUGUAUGAGAAUGCUGCAUGUAAGGAAAUUGUUCCUACAAAUGAGUUCAUCAACAGUAAACUGACUGCCAAAGCCAACCGUCAGCUACAAGACCCGCUGGUCAUCAUGACGGGGAACAUCCCUACCUGGCUUAUUGAACUUGGAAAGAGCUGCCCCUUCUUCUUCCCCUUUGACACCCGGCAGAUGUUGUUCUAUGUAACUGCUUUUGAUCGUGACAGAGCCAUGCAGCGCUUGCUGGACACAAACCCUGAGAUCAACCAGUCAGAUUCUCAGGAUAGUAGAGUUGCACCACGUCUCGACAGGAAAAAGAGGACGAUAAACCGCGACGAGCUCCUUAAACAGGCAGAGUCUGUAAUGCAGGACCUCGGGAGCUCCAGGGCAAUGCUGGAGAUUCAAUACGAGAAUGAGGUCGGUACAGGUCUCGGUCCCACUCAGGAGUUCUAUGCUCUGGUAUCUCAGGAGCUUCAGAGAGCUGAUCUUGGUCUUUGGAGAGGAGAGGAAGUUACUCUGGCCAACCCUAAAGGAAACCAAGAGGGCACUAAGUACAUGUUCAGCUCCAGAGGGCUGUUUGCUGUUCCCUUUGGUCGGACAACCAAACCAGCACACAUAGCCAAAAUCAAAAUGAAGUUCCGUUUCCUUGGAAAGUUAAUGGCCAAAGCCAUUAUGGACUUCAGACUGCUGGAUUUGCCCUUAGGCCUUCCAUUUUAUAAGUGGAUGCUGCGACAUGAGAUGUCUAUAAGCUCCCAUGAUUUGGUGAACAUUGAUCCUGGUGUGGCCAAGUCCAUCCAGCACCUGGAGGACAUCAUCCGCCAGAAGAAGAGGCUGGAACAGGACCGCUCACAAACUAGAGAGACUCUACAGCAGGCUCUAGAAAGCCUGAACAUGAACGGCUGCUCUGUGGAGGACUUGGGUUUGGACUUCACUCUUCCAGGAUUCCCAAACAUUGAACUUAAAAAAGGUGGCAAAGAUGUCCCAGUCUCCAUCUACAACCUGGAGGAGUACCUCAGGUUGGUGGUGUACUGGACCUUAAAUGAAGGAGUGUCGAGACAAUUUGAGUCCUUUAGGGAAGGGUUCGAGUCAGUCUUCCCCUUGCAUCACCUGCAGUAUUUCUACCCAGAGGAGCUCGACCAGUUGCUGUGUGGCAGUAAAUCAGAAACGUGGGAUGUCAAGACGUUGAUGGAGUGUUGUCGACCGGACCAUGGAUACACGCAUGACAGCCGUGCCAUUCGGUUCCUGUUUGAGGUCUUGAGUAGCUUUGAUGCUGAGCAGCAGAGGCUCUUUCUGCAGUUUGUCACAGGAAGCCCGAGACUGCCUGUUGGAGGUUUUCGGAGCCUGAAUCCCCCUCUGACAAUUGUGAGAAAGACAUUUGAGUCAACAGAGAACCCGGACGACUUCCUCCCUUCAGUCAUGACGUGUGUCAACUACCUGAAGCUGCCUGACUACUCUAGCAUCGAGAUCAUGCGAGAGAAACUGUUGAUUGCAGCUCGAGAGGGCCAGCAGUCGUUCCACCUUUCCUGAUCUCAUCACAUCUCACAUUAAAUUUGCCUUCUUCAGCGACUGAUGAAAUCAUGACUUCCUUAGUUUUUUUGUAAUCACUUACAUUGAGGCUAUGUGUACAGCCUUCCUGUUAGAGAAAGCAGCUUGCAGAGAAGUUAAGACUUUAAAUAUAUAUUUGCUGCCCUGUCUCUCAAAAAAUAAAAAAAAUAAUUUAAAAAAAGAAAAGAAAGGCGUUCCAUGACUCUCAACUUAAAAUAUAAAAGAAUAAAACUCACAAGUAGUCGAGUCAUGUUAAAAAAAUGAAAACAUCUGGGUGACAUUUUAAAUUGCAUUGCUAUGUGAUAUUUAAAAAAACAAAAGGAAAAAAAAAAGUCUCAAGUGUGAUGGACAACUUGGUGGGUUUCAGAGAGAGAGGGAGGGGAGGGGGGGUCCAUGAGCAAGCUAGGUUUACUUUAGCUCCAAAGAUCAUUUGUACAGAAAAAUUUGCAGACUUUGCUCAUUCUACACGUUUGAUAGAAUAGCUCUUUGUUUUCAUGUCUCCCUUCAUUUUGUCAGUUGGCAUUUUGUUCUGUAUUAUAUUGGCCCUGGUUUGUGUGUUGCAUUUUGGUUCGGCUCCCUCCCCCUUCCUUUGUCUUUGCUUCCAUUUGUGGAAAUGAGAGCUGCAGUUGGUUGAAUGCGGGUAGUGAUGAGCUCAUAUAUAAAUAUAUAUAUAUAUAUUUUUUUUUUCCCUACCCGAGUUGAGAUUGUGUUCUGGCCUCCUCAUUAUAGAGAGCUUCAGCUCAAAUUGAGAGUUGUAAGUUAAUGUGUUGAUCAGGUAAAUUUGUUUUGCUCUUCUUUUCAUGGAGUUGGUGUCUUUCUGUUCGGCCCUACUGGAUGUGUAGGGUUAUCUUGGAAGACCAAACUCCGAGCAACCCUCGACACACAAUGUAGCUGGGCACAAAAUUUGGCUGGUCUCAUUUUAUCGUUUCAUGGCCAGAUAGCAUUUCAAGUUCAUUUAUGGAAUAAAGUAUAUAUGCAGUUUCACACCUGGUUUGAGGUGAGAAUGUCUGCUUAUCUUUUUUUAAUUUUCUAUAUUGUCUUUAUUUCUUGCUGUAGUUGAUUUAUUUUUUUUCUUUGCACUGCUGGCUUGGAACGAACCGUGGUGUGCACCUGCAGUCUGUGGCCAGAGGAGGGCGCCACUGUUUGCUCUCCUGGCCCAAUCGUUCAUGUGCUGGUUUCUAAGAUCUGCAAUAAUUUACUGCAUCAGGUUCAUGUUUUUACCUGAACAUAAAUAAAGUAACUGUUUGACUCA